UCUUUGCGAUAUACCUUAACUAAAAUGAUGGGCUAGGUAGGUACUAUUACUAUAUAAAUGCUAACUACUAAUUGACCAGAGUACGCUCCUAACAGUAUAGAUCACGACCUAAAAUCCCCUUGGUUUAUCUCUCUCAUAAUAGUAGAUCCUUUCUCACAACAACGGAAAUAAUUCUUCCAUCAUAGUAUUCUUGAGAGACAUGGUUCGAAUCAUCAGUGCACGGUGAGGCGUGGCUUAGUGAGUGGCCUGCCGCAGUAAUACGCUACGGAUCCGCAGCGAAUUCGCAACGCCGCAAUCAAGGCGGGUGGCCUGUUGACUUAAUCCGCCACGGGCAAGCUUACAGCGAAGAUCACCGUAUGUUCAGGAGAUCAACUUUCGAACUCAGGACUGUUAACCUACCAUCCGACAGAAGAAAAACAAGUCGGAAAAAAACUCCGCCUCGUGACUCACCACGCAGUUUCCCGUGCCGGAAAUACUUCACACGCGCCACCAAGGCCCCCGGCCAUGAGUAUGCCUCUCAAAAUCAAUGUAGACUCUGUCUGGCCAUGCGCGAAGGUUGUCACGAUGGUUUUAAUGGCGUAGACACGGGUGCUGCAUGCCGGGACUGCGCAAAGACCGGCCACACAUGCCUAUCCAAAGCCCAGCCCUCGUGAGGGCACGUAGGGAUGAUUUCAGUAUAUUUAAUCAAAGCUGAAGUGGACAGAACUUUGAGCGGGGCUUCCGCGGGGGGAGAACGCUCAUGUGGUCCUCCGCGGAAUCGGCGCGGUGAGUCGUGGCAGAAUCCGGGCUUUCAGCCCGGAUCCACUAAUCGGGUCUAGCCUGUAACAUCUCCUGCUAUGUCACUUCUAGUGGCCUCU